AUGUGCAAAGAAGUGACGAGGGUUUCUCAAUGUACGGAUACCUCACCUGGGCGACUGUCAAAACUCGACACUUCGGGCACGCUACAUAGUAGACGCAACACCACUUGGCACCACAAGCACAAACAGCUUGCGGCUUUGGUCCCUUGGUUACCAGAAGCAGUCGCAAGUUGCAACACCAUUGCUGCUGGAGUCGAAGCCGGUCCAAAGAUCUUCUCAGCUCGACCCAAGCCAGCGGAUGCCGCUCUUUCAAAGACGGGGGGACGAUCCACUCUUUACGGGUUAAAAAAGUGGUCAGUGAGGGCGGUGAAGGAUCAAGACGAAGACGAGGAGCAAGCUACGAAUGCCCCGCGCCCUCAACCCCGAGCCAGACGGAACCAUCAAGCCGAGGGUCCCAAGACUUUUGUCCAACUCAUCACCAUCGUGGCCACGCGCCUACCUUACCACCUUACCUAG